AUGGGCCCCUGUACCGCCUCCCCAUGCUGCUGCCAGGCCCGUAAUCUGCCAUGGGCCCCUGUACCGACUCCUCAUGCUGCUGCCAGGCCCGUAAUCUGUCAUGGGCCCCUGUACCCCGCCUCCUCAUGCUGCUGCCAGGUCCAGAGUGUGUCAUGGGUCCCUGUACGGCCUCCCAUUGCUGCUGUCUCUAUCGCCACACUCUGCCAUGUGCCACUUUCAGGUCUCCUCACACUGCUGGUGGUUUCCAUUUUUGUCAUAGGGUGCUGUAUGGCCUCCCAUUGCUGCUGCCUCCACCGCCACACUGUGGCUCCACACUCUGGUUUUGGCCCCGUGACUGCCCAAAUGAGUGAAGUGUGCGGUGAUUCUAAGAUCGACGGCACUCAUCUGCAUGUCAUACUGACUGACAGUAUUAUUUCUCUUCCCCAGCAGACUCCAAGGGCAUUUAAAUUAAAGGUACAGUGUUCUGCACUAAUAUUA